CUUGGCACGCGCUGGGCCAUUUUCACGAGGAUGCUGGCAGCCGCAAUUGCGUUGGCGCUGGUGUCGACGGCGGUCGUCGCGGACGAGCCGCGCUGCGUCAAGUGGCGAGCUACCUCCGGCUGCGACCCCGCGGGCCCGCGCGAUUCGUGGUACGAUGCGUCUUGCAGCUCGACGAUCCAGUCGGGCAGCUCGGGCUACUGCGAGUGCGAGAACCGGCGGCGCGUCCGCGAAGUCGACUGCGACCAUCACCCGUUCACGUGCCAAGACGCGUGCAAAGAGGAUGCGUCCGCAGAGCUGCACUAUCCCGCUGGCAUGGAGUACGUCACUUGCGGCAGCACCAUCAAGCUCGUGCACGAAGCGAGCCGCUUCCGCCUGCACUCGCACGAGGUCAACUAUGGCACGGGCAGCGGCCAGCAGUCCGUGACAGCCCAUGGCUCGCGCGACGACUACAACAGCUACUGGCUGGUCAAGGAAGGCGACGGCGACGCCGCGUGCUCCUUGGGGGCUAAGAUCGCCUGCGGCGCAACGAUCCGCCUCGAGCACAUCAACACGCGCCGCAACUUGCACUCGCACCAUUUUGCGUCGCCGCUCUCGAAUGGUCGGUUUGGCGAGGUGAGCGGUUUUGGCGUUGCGGGCGACGGCGACCGCAGCGACUCGUGGAUCCUCGAGUGCGAAAGCGGCAUGCAAUGCAAGGCCGGCGACGAAGCGUGUGCGAACGGCGCGGCGCCGAGCUGGGCGCGCGACGACCUCGUGCGCCUGCGCCACGUCGAGACGCAGCGGUACCUCCACAGCGACCACGCAGCGAGCUUCAACAACCAAAACUGUCCGCGCUGCCCGAUUGUCGGCCAGCAAGAAGUCAACGCCGUGCCGACCAAGAACGACAACGGUCUCUGGUUCGCGGGCGAAGGCAUCUACGUCGGCUAAAUCGCUUGCAGGGUGCCUCGAUCCACGCAACGCCCACCCAUUGCAAACACGAGUUGAUACGUUGAUACUUUUCGCCCC